CCUUUGUAUCCUCUUAAAGGGGCCGCGCGCUUCCCUCCCGGCCCCGCCCCCGCCCCCGCCCGCGCCGGCCCGGGCUCCCUGCGGGAGCGAGCGGACUGGGCUUCCCUCAGGAGCAGCCGCCGCGAGGGCGCGAGCCGGCGGGAGGCUGGGGAGGCGCAGGGCUCCUCCCGGGCAGGAAGAAAGGAACAGAGGUGGAAGCUAAGCGGCGCGGGGCGGCGCGAGUGGACUCUGGUCCGGACGAGCGCGGCCGGCGCCGGGACGCGGACCAGGCUGCGAAGAGCGAACAAAGCUCGCGGGGGCCCGGAAAGUUUGUCCCGCGAUGGCUUGAGCGCGCGCGGAGAGGCAGCCGCUCGCUGGGCGCGAGAGAUGCUCCUCGCGUGAGCCGCGGCGGCGGCCGGGCACCUGCCUCUCCGCGCCCUCGCCUCCUUUGAACUUCGUUGAUUUAUUUUCCGUCGCGGCGGCGGGAGUCGUCAUGUCGAAAGUGGUCCAGAAGAAGAAUCACUGGACGAGCAGGGUGCGCGAGUGCACCGUGAGGCGCGGGCCGCGCGGCGAGCUGGGGCUGGCCGUGCUGGGGGGCGCGGAGCACGGCGAGUUCCCGUUCCUCGGCGCGGCGGGCGAGGGCGAGGGCGAGGGCGAGCUGCUGCUGGAGGUGCAGGGCGUCCGCGUGUCCGGCUUGCCCCGCUACGACGUGCUGGGCGUCAUCGACAGCUGCAGAGAGGCCGUCACCUUCAAAGCCGUCCGACAAGGAGGAAGGCUCAACAAGGACCUGCGACAUUUUCUCAGUCAACGGUUCCAGAAAGGGUCUCCAGAUCAUGAACUCCAGCAGACCAUAAGGGACAACCUUUAUCGCCAUGCUGUGCCUUGCACAACCCGCUCUCCCAGGGAAGGAGAAGUGCCUGGUGUGGAUUACAAUUUUCUGACUGUGAAGGAGUUCUUGGACCUGGAGCAGAGUGGGACUCUCCUGGAAGUCGGCACCUAUGAAGGAAACUAUUAUGGGACACCCAAACCUCCCAGCCAGCCGGUCAGUGGGAAAGUGAUCACAACGGAUGCCUUGCAGAGCCUUCAAGCUGGCUCCAAGCAGUCGACCCCAAAGCGAACCAAGUCUUACAAUGAUAUGCAAAAUGCUGGCAUAGCCCAUGCAGAGAAUGAGGAGGAGGAAGAUGUUCCUGAAAUGAGCAGUAGCUUCACAGCCGAUUCUGGGGACCAGGACGAGCACGCUCUCCGGGAGGCAGCGCUCUCAUCUGCGAACAGCGGCAUCGCUGCUGCCCCCGUCACGGACCCUUCGCAGAAGUUCCCUCAGUACCUACCUCUUUCUGCAGAGGAUAACUUAGGUCCUCUACCUGAAAACUGGGAGAUGGCCUAUACGGAAAAUGGAGAAGUCUACUUUAUAGACCACAACACAAAAACAACAUCUUGGUUAGACCCUCGGUGCCUGAACAAACAGCAGAAGCCUCUGGAAGAGUGUGAAGAUGAUGAAGAAGGGGUCCACACCGAGGAGCUGGACAGUGAACUAGAACUGCCUGCUGGCUGGGAAAAGAUUGAAGACCCUGUCUACGGUGUCUACUAUGUAGACCACAUCAACAGGAAGACACAGUAUGAGAACCCAGUUCUCGAAGCCAAACGAAAGAAGCAGCUUGAGCAACAGCAGCAGCAGCAGCAGCAGCAGCAGCAGCAGCAGCAGCAGCAGCCGCCACCGCCAGAAGAGUGGACAGAAGAGCAUUCAUCCCUUGUGCCUCCUGCUAUCCCGACCCACCCCCCGAGCAACCCGGAGCCAGCCAGGGAAGCUCCUCUUCAGGGCAAACCCUUUUUUACGCGAAACCCUUCGGAACUGAAAGGCAAGUUCAUUCACACAAAGCUACGGAAAAGCAGCCGUGGCUUUGGCUUCACGGUGGUUGGCGGGGACGAGCCUGAUGAAUUCCUCCAGAUCAAGAGCCUGGUCCUAGAUGGUCCUGCUGCGCUAGAUGGCAAGAUGGAGACAGGAGAUGUAAUUGUCAGCGUGAACGACACCUGUGUUUUGGGACACACACACGCCCAAGUUGUGAAAAUCUUCCAGUCCAUUCCCAUCGGUGCCACCGUAGACCUUGAGCUCUGCCGAGGUUACCCACUGCCUUUUGACCCAGACGACCCCAAUACGAGUUUAGUGACCUCGGUAGCCAUCUUGGACAAAGAACCAAUCAUUGUGAAUGGACAGGAGACCUAUGAUUCACCAGCGAGCCACGGUAAUAAAGCAGGCAAAGUCAGCAGCGUGAAGGAUGCCAGGCCAAGCAGCCCAGCUGAUGCACCUUCCAGCAGUCCCCACGGAUACCCCAAUGACACCGUCUCCUUGGCUUCCUCCAUAGCCACUCAGCCAGAGCUCAUCACUGUCCACAUUGUCAAAGGGCCCAUGGGCUUUGGUUUCACUAUUGCGGACAGUCCUGGCGGUGGUGGCCAGAGAGUGAAGCAGAUUGUUGACAGCCCCAGGUGCCGAGGCCUGAAGGAAGGGGAUCUUAUCGUGGAAGUAAAUAAGAAGAACGUGCAGGCUCUCGCUCACAACCAGGUCGUGGACAUGCUGAUUGAGUGUCCCAAGGGGAGUGAGGUCACCCUGCUGGUGCAGCGAGGAGGGCUGCCUGUUCCCAAGAAGAGCCCCAAGUCGCAGCCACUGGAGAGGAAGGACAGCCAGAACAGCUCCCAGCACAGCGUGUCCAGCCACCGGAGCCUGCACAGCGCAUCCCCCAGCCACAGCGUGCAGGUGCUCCCCGAGUGCCCACCUGCAGAGGCCCCUGCCACUGAGCAGACCGACGGCUCUGGGCAGAAGAAGCCAGACCCUUUUAAAAUCUGGGCCCAGUCCAGGAGCAUGUAUGAGAACCGACCUAUGUCACCUUCGCCUGCACCAGGAUUGAGCAAGGGUGAAAGAGAGCGAGAAAUCAGUUCUACGAAUUUUGGAGAAUGUCAGAUUCCAGACUACCAGGAACAGGACAUCUUCCUCUGGAGAAAGGAGACUGGAUUUGGAUUCAGAAUUCUAGGUGGAAAUGAGCCGGGAGAACCCAUUUAUAUCGGUCACAUCGUACCACUGGGCGCGGCGGAUACCGACGGCCGCCUGCGGUCCGGCGAUGAGUUGGUCUGUGUGGAUGGCACACCAGUGAUUGGAAAAUCGCACCAGCUCGUGGUUCAGCUUAUGCAGCAAGCGGCCAAGCAAGGCCACGUCAACCUCACAGUGCGGCGUAAAGUGGUGUUCGCUGCACCCAAGCCUGCAGAGCCCGAGGUGCCGUCACCAGCGUCCUCACACCACAGUGGCACGCAGCCAGCCUCGCUGGCCGAGGGCAAGCGCACACCGCAGGGCAGCCAGAACUCCCUGAGCACCGUGAGCUCGGGCAGCGGCAGCACAAGUGGCAUCGGCAGCGGGGGCGGUGGUGGCAGUGGCGUGGUGAGCACCGCCGUGCAGCCCUACGAUGUGGAGAUCCGGCGUGGUGACAGCGAGGGCUUCGGCUUCGUCAUCGUGUCCUCGGUGAGCAGGCCCGAGGCGGGCACGGCCUUCGCAGGCAAUGCAUGUGUGGCUAUGCCUCACAAAAUAGGUCGGAUUAUUGAGGGAAGCCCUGCUGACCGCUGCGGCAAGCUGAAAGUGGGAGACCGGAUCUUGGCGGUAAAUGGAUGCUCCAUCACCAACAAAUCCCAUUCUGACAUUGUCAACCUAAUCAAGGAAGCAGGAAACACAGUAACCCUGCGCAUCAUUCCCGGGGACGAGUCCUCAAACGCUGCCUUGCUGACCAACGCAGAGAAGAUCGCCACCAUCACCACCACCCACGCCCCUGCUCAGCAGGGGUCGCAGGAGGCCAGGAAUCCCACCAAACCAAAGCCGGAGUCUCAGUUUGAGUUCAAAGCCCCGCAGGUCACACAGGAGCAGGAUUUUUACACUGUGGAACUGGAAAGAGGAGCGAAGGGAUUUGGCUUUAGUCUCCGCGGAGGUCGGGAGUAUAACAUGGACCUCUAUGUUUUGCGCCUAGCAGAGGAUGGGCCUGCAGAAAGAUGCGGAAAGAUGAGGAUUGGUGAUGAAAUUCUGGAGAUCAAUGGCGAGACCACCAAAAACAUGAAGCAUUCUCGGGCCAUCGAGCUGAUUAAGAGUGGUGGCCGAAGAGUCCGUCUGUUUCUGAGGCGGGGAGACGGCUCGGUCCCGGAAUAUGCGAUGAUGCCUCCUAACAUCGCUGCAUGUAUGAGAAAUGAAAAGCUCGGGGAGGCUUGCUUCUACCUUAUGGGCCAUAAUCAAACUACGGUUUGUAGCUCACUCCAUACUAGGUGUUUCUGUGCUGUGGCCUAAUUUCCUCAUUGCUUCUGCUUAGCUCUGUUUUGAUAUGUCUGGCAGUCGUUCUGAGCACCCUGCCUUCUUUCAAUUGUAAGUACCCCACUGCCCUCACCAAAGGUUGCUCCCCCUUGUCUCAGGUGUGAGAACGCCAAGUUAGAUCUCCCCACCGAUGUCAAGUGAUUCUAGACAGAGUGGACGGUGCUCAUAGAGCCUUCCCGCACACGCGGAGCUCUGCGUGCCGUAGGGCAGGUGUUCUCCACGGCUGGUUUCUCGUAAACUUUUCUUGGCACACAGCCAUGCCCACAACUUUUCAGUGCUGCCAGUGGCUCCAUAGUGCAAGGGCAAAUGGAGGACGUGGGACCCAAGGUAUUUUCUGCCUGGCCUGUCAGAACAUUUUGAUGACCCCACUUCCAAAUUCCUGCCACCUUGUUCAGAGCCAUUCUGGGUUUGGGGAGCCCCUUCAUGGAACAUGUUAAUGGCUCACUAGAGACCUCCUUGCCCGUGAAAGGCCUCCCAAGCAUCCCAGAGACUCCUGUCUCUGUUGCGCUGGUCUGCCCACCACCCUUCCGCACAGCAUUCAAGCAUCUGUAACUUCUGAGUUAACUCUCAACAAAACCCUGCUUUGCAAGGAGUUAUAAAUUCCAGUUGCUACCACAGCAUCUGCUGCCUUUUCAGAUCAUAAUAAUAAUGAGCAGGAGUGUUACGGGAGGCCUUGCUUUUAAAUCUGCAAAUAUCUUGAUGGUAUAGAAGCAGUUCAGUGAUCCCAUAAUUCCUAGAUAUCAUUAUGGCUGCUUUGCAUACUUACGGAAAAGUAUCUUUAAGCCUAAACUUUUAUGCACCCCACUAAUUUCCAGUAUGUCCCUAACGCCCUCGGGCUCCUUUUAUUGAUUAGCAAACAUUGCAUGUUAAAAACUGCCCCCCUGGGGUCGGGG